GACAAGAUGGAGAACAUACAGCUCGAGGUGAUGGGCUCCCUGAAGAUGCCGCCCGCGCGGAGUCCUAAGCAGGACAGGGCUUACCCUUUCAGGUUCUGGCUCACGGACGUGACUAUGUGGGCGGCGGCUGCGGCGCGAGAGGUCCUCCCAGAACAGCAGGGACCCGCAGUUGCUCUACGACUGGGAGGCGCCACGCGCAGCCUUGCGAGGAAGAUACCGCAGGAGCAACUACGCGACGGAGCGUUUGCAGACCCAGGCGACAGGAACAGAGCGAGGCAGCUAACUGGUCUCCAGCUGCUUCUACUUGUGUUGUCGAAGUCGUUCGCGCCGCUGGGUGAUGAGAGCGAGCUGCGCGCGACCCACGACAUGUUGGGAUUAUACCGGAAGAACCACGAGAAAUUCGACCAGAGGUUAUCGAGGUUCGAGGUCACACGCACGAGAGCGGCGACAUUAGGAGGAUUCGACAUGGGCCCGCAGGGCUACGCGUGGAUGUUGCUGAACGCUCUCAACUGCAGCCCGCAGGCAUGGAGCGAAUUGCUCAUUCACUUCUGCGAACAUCUACCUAGAACGGAGCAGCAGUUCAAUGAGUUGGUCGAGUACGUCAGGAGGUACGGACACAUUCUAGAGAAGGGGCCGAUGGCAGUCAACAGGAGCAGCGGUAAAGGCGGCUACAGGGGCGGCAGCUUCUUCUUCCCCACCUUCAACCUCGGUUCACCCGACCCGUGGGCCAACUGCGUGGGUUCAGACAACGCCGAAGACAACGACACGGACGCAGACGAAGACGACGGCGAGGACCUGGACGGAUCGGAUUUCCCCGGCACCAUGGGUAAGGACAAUAAUGUGAUCCAGCAGUACCUCUACCAGAACUACGUUUUCCACAAGAAUCGCUGGAGGAGAUUCACAG